UAAACAAAUACAAAAAAAAAAACACCAUGUCUGUCAAUCGUGCACCAAAGUCAGGCUUUGCAGCUGAAGCUCAACGCAAGAUCAAUUCCAAAUACAGCGAAGAAUUAGCUCAAGAAUGCCUAGAAUGGAUCAAAGUUAUUACCGAUGAGCCCAUUAACACUUCCGGUGAUAUGGAUAAUUUCUUUGAAGUCUUAAAGGAUGGUGUUAUCUUGUGCAAAUUGGCAAAUUGCUUACAGCCCGGUUCCAUCAAAAAGAUCAACGAAAGUAAAAUGGCUUUCAAAUGCAUGGAAAAUAUCUCAGCCUUUUUGGAAUGUGCCAAAAACUUUGGUGUACCCACCCAGGAAACUUUCCAAAGUGUAGAUCUCUGGGAAAGACAAAAUCUCAACUCAGUUGUUAUUUGCAUCCAAUCGUUGGGUCGUAAGGCUCACAACUUUGGCAAACCCUCAAUUGGUCCCAAGGAAGCAGACAAAAAUGUGCGCAAUUUCACCGAAGAACAAUUGCGUGCUGGCCAAAAUGUUAUUUCCCUACAAUACGGUUCCAACAAAGGCGCCAAUCAAUCUGGCAUUAAUUUCGGCAACACCAGACACAUGUAAACGGAUAACAACAAUCAUC